GGCGCCGCAGGAUGUGUUUAGGCGCUGCCCAUCGACCCGCACAGCCUGAUCCCAGUUUAACGUUGUUUCAUGCAAAGUUGUUGUCCUGCCCUGGCUUGGCUUGGCUUGGCGCUGUUUUGUCAGUCGCUCAGCGCUAGCAGAGGCCAGCAGUUGGUUUUGCUUAGCCUUAUCCCGGCCAGCCACAAAAUGGGCAACAAAAUUGUGACAUUCACCGAACAGCAAUUGGAUGACUAUCAGGAUUGCACGUUCUUUACACGCAAGGAGAUACUGCGCGUGCAUAAACGCUUUCGUGAGCUGCGACCGGAUUUGGUGCCACGCCAAAUGACCGAGGGUCAGGCGUCGAGUGUCAAGGUUCCACGCGAAUGCAUUGAGAAGAUGCCCGAGUUGCGUGAGAAUCCAUUUCGGCGACGUAUCUGCGAGGCCUUCUCACGCGAUGGCCUGGGCAAUUUAUCCUUUGAGGACUUUUUGGAUGCUUUAUCCGUGUUUAGCGAACAGGCGCCGAGAGAUAUUAAAGUGUUUUACGCUUUCAAAAUUUAUGAUUUCGAUCAGGACGGUUUCAUUGGGCACGCCGACCUGAUGUCCUGCCUGACGACGAUGACCAAGAACGAGCUGAGUCCCGAGGAGCAUCAACAGAUUGCCGACAAGGUAAUCGAGGAAGCGGACGUCGAUGGCGACGGCAAGCUGUCCAUACUGGAGUUUGAGCAUGUCAUCUUGCGGGCGCCAGACUUUCUAUCCACCUUCCACAUACGCAUCUAGAUGUUGCAAGUUGCCAGUUGUUGUUGCAAGUUGUUGCCAGUUGUUGUUGCCUGCCACAUCACAUAAAAAUGCCAUCAGCGUGAUUAAGUCUCGGCCAGGAUCUGGCCAAUUGUCGUGACAAUGUGCAUGUCAAAUGUCACCCAGCUGCAGUUGUUAUAAAAUUUAUAAGCCAACCAUGUGUAUGUGUGUGUGUGUGUGUGCGUGCGUGUGCAUGAGGUGCGCGUCUGCGAUACCCUAUAAUGUAAACAUGCAUUCAUGUCUGAAGUAAUAAAGUUG